CAGCGCGCCGCCUCCCGCCCUCCCCGCCUUCCCUCGCCGCCUCCCGCCCUCCCUCCUGGCCUCGCUCCUCAGCCAAACUGAAAGCCGGACCCCAGGCCGCCUCGCCACCGCCUGCCCGGCCUUGCUGGAGCGCUCCACCAUGGACAGUCCUGUUUUCACCUCAUAAAGAUGGCGGUGCGGGAUCGCUGCAACCUUUAGACUAAUGACUGUCCGAAACAUCGCCUCCAUCUGUAAUAUGGGCACCAAUGCCUCUGCUCUGGAAAAAGACAUUGGUCCAGAGCAAUUUCCAAUCAAUGAACACUACUUUGGAUUGGUCAAUUUUGGGAACACGUGCUACUGUAACUCUGUGCUUCAGGCGUUGUACUUCUGCCGGCCAUUCCGUGAGAACGUAUUGGCAUACAAGGCCCAGCAAAAAAAGAAAGAAAACUUGUUGACAUGCCUCGCAGACCUUUUCCACAGCAUUGCCACACAGAAGAAGAAGGUUGGCGUCAUCCCACCAAAGAAGUUCAUUUCAAGACUGCGAAAAGAGAAUGAUCUCUUUGAUAACUACAUGCAGCAGGAUGCUCACGAAUUUUUAAAUUAUUUGCUAAACACUAUUGCGGACAUCCUGCAGGAAGAGAAGAAACAGGAAAAGCAAAAUGGAAAAUUAAAAAAUGGCAACAUGAACGAACCUGCAGAGAAUAAUAAACCAGAACUCACCUGGGUCCAUGAGAUUUUUCAGGGAACACUCACCAAUGAAACCCGAUGCUUGAACUGUGAAACUGUUAGUAGCAAAGAUGAAGAUUUUCUUGACCUUUCUGUUGAUGUGGAGCAGAACACUUCCAUUACACACUGUCUGAGAGACUUCAGCAACACAGAAACACUGUGUAGUGAACAAAAAUAUUAUUGUGAAACAUGCUGCAGCAAGCAGGAGGCCCAGAAAAGGAUGAGGGUAAAAAAGCUCCCCAUGAUUUUGGCCCUGCACCUAAAGCGGUUCAAGUACAUGGAACAGCUCCACAGGUACACCAAGCUGUCUUACCGAGUGGUCUUCCCUCUCGAGCUCCGGCUCUUCAACACCUCCAGUGAUGCCGUGAACCUGGACCGCAUGUAUGACCUGGUUGCCGUGGUCGUUCACUGUGGCAGUGGCCCCAAUCGUGGGCAUUAUAUUACUAUUGUGAAAAGUCAUGGUUUCUGGCUUUUGUUUGAUGACGACAUUGUAGAGAAAAUAGAUGCUCAAGCUAUUGAAGAAUUCUAUGGCCUGACGUCAGAUAUUUCAAAAAAUUCAGAAUCUGGAUAUAUUUUAUUCUAUCAGUCAAGAGAGUAACUUAAAGAACCGUGGGACUAAUUCAAGUAGGGGGCUUUGUUCAAAGCAUUAUUACCCAGUUUCUCCACGGACCUCCUUCUUUCCCAGUGGCCCACUAAUGUUAUCACUCCGAGUCUCAAUGGUCUGGCUGUGUUAACUUCCUCCUCUUUUUUUAUAUGCAGCACUACUCUUGGUUUUGUUUUGGUCUGAGGUAGAGUGAACUGCAAUCAGAUUGUCAUAAGAUUUAUAUGAAUAACAGUUGCUAAUUUGAGGAUUUGGGUGAAUGGUAUGCCACUUCUUAUGUCUAGCUAAAUUAGAAUGACAUUUCCAGGAAAUGUCACAGUCUAUUUUGAGUGUUUACGAAACUUCAGGGGUCUCCUUUCAAUCCAUUCCUUUAACUUGUCCCUCGAAGUAUUGCUACACAUUUUUUAGCUUAUCUGACAGAAGGACAGAAGAAUUGAGUAGAUGUUCACCUAUUAGGGCUGCAAUUAUAGCUUUAAGUUUGUGCAAGGGAAAAUGUUUAAAAGUGAGUAAACUUGAUAAUAAAAAUCAUCCUCCACAUAGACCAGGGUGAAGAGAAGCUGUGUGUGGUGGCUGGAGUCUGCACCGGGCUGUGCUGACCUAGCCAUGGAAUUCCAGGGGCUAAGAAGUUAUGGAGCUCAGGGCAGGCAAAGCCAAGAGGAAAAAGUUUCUGUGGACAGUAAAAAAUUGCUCUUCUUGUCUUUUUACCAAAAUCAAGUUUCAGGAAAAAAUUUCGAUGCUGUUAAUUUUUAGUGACACUUUAAUUCUGUAAGGUCCUGUGAGUUGUAUUUAUCCUGUACCUGGAACUGCUAAACUUUUCAAGCUGCCUUUCCAAUCCUGCUGAUGUCUUGCAAUCUGUGGUCCCGGGGCUGAGACACCACAUUGACUGCUUCUGGCACAUCUCUCCUUAGCCAGUCAGCACCACCAUCUUUCCAUGUUAGAGCAGUGGAAACACUGCACCUUUACAACCACCAGCUGCCCCAUCAGCUUGAUUUUUUAAUGUAUUUGGUCUGUUUACUGAGGCACUGGCAAGUUCCGGGGCUAAAAUGGAGCCCUCGCUGGAGGCAGUGCUGGAGCUAGCAGGGUGUGAGGUGGGUAGACGGAAGUGUUAGUGGGCCGGUGGAGCAAUGAGCAAGAUGGCAGCUGUUUCUCUGGCUCAGACUCCUAGAAUGCUUGACAAGACAGAGUUUUUUGGAAGAACCUCAUCUCACUAUAGUUACUUUUACUUUUUCCACUUUUGUUACAUAUGUAUUUAUUAGAGCAUUUGAAUAUUGGUACCUUUUAUUAAAAGGGUCAGUUUGGUGUUUUGCUGUUGAGCUGGUUUUUGGUUUCCUAAAAUACUAUGAGUCAUAGAUCUUGACUUCCUUUGAGAAGUCGGUUGACUUCCAUACACUAUAAUAUACUGUGAACAUUAUUUUGUUACCUAAUACAUCUGCGAACAAACAUGCAAACUCUUGGCAUAAUGUGAACUAAAACUGAAAAUGUUAGUGGCCAUUUUGCAACCAUGAAGAGGAUAGCACUUUAUCUAGAUAAAAACUGGAUUUCUUAUUUUUUAAAUAUCUUGAACUGUUUGUUGCUGAGAACUUAAGCAUGCCAACACUUCAUUUGUUCAUGCUUGAAGUGAAAUGUUUUACUCUUCACUGGAGAAGACAAAACAGGGUGAUCUUCAUGUUAUUGUUUCAUACAAGUGACGAAAAUGUAUCUUGCCUUAAUUAGAGGCAAAUUCAUAUUUAUAAUAGUUUCUUUUUUUUUCUCCACGAAACAUUCUGUGGUCAGAUACCUAGGAGGUGAUUUUAGUCUUUAAAGGAAAAAAUCACUUUCCAAUUGAAGGUGAUUGAUACAAGGAAAUGUUGUACUAUAUAUAACCCAUAUAUUUGACUGCAAGUUACAAAGUUUAAGAACAUGAUGAUUGAAUUCUAAUAUAUUUGGAACUGAUUCAUAAGAAAAAAACUAUUAAAAUUAUCUUUGAAUCCACUCUUGAAGCUAAUUUAUUAGAUAAAAAUGUUUCAAUUUCAGGCCUGUGGAAGUAAUAAUUCAGUAUUAAGUCAUAAGUUCAGUGCAUUUUUCUUUCCUUUUAUGAAUAUGUAAAGAAUUUUCCCCGGUGAUUUUAACUGAAGUAAUUGCUUUUAAUAGAGUUAGUUAAAAUUUAGUAUUCAUAGAUUUUUGGAAUAAAAAAAUGGAUAGAGUUUUUGGAAUAAAAAAUAAAUAUGGAGAAUAUUGCACAGACAUUCAAAUAGUUAUGUGAUGCAAGAAGAGAAGAUUAGAAAAGAUUAAAACACAUUUCUCUAUCAACACUCCAUCAGCUUUAAAAAAUUUAGAGCUAUUUGGUAAUUUCUCACCUCUUCCUCUUGGAUUAAAAAAAAACUCUAGGCAGCUACAUUUUCCCCCCAAUCAUUUUUCUUUAUGUAAAGACAAUAGCAUGGACACACUUUGUUACUUUCGGUUCCCAUUCCUAGCAUAAAGCAGAGAAUCCUGUGGAGUAUGCAAGGCCAUUCCACACUCACAGUGAUAGCACAAAGGCUCAGCAGUACUCCCUCCAAUGGCCAGGGUUUUGUGUGUCUUUCCAGCAGGAGUUAGUAGGCCUGCUGUGUUUCUCUAACUGCUGGGUGUUUAAGAUAAGUUACAGUGUUUUACACUUGAAAAAAUAAAUAUUUGCUUUAUUGGUUACUUAGUAGUUUCAUGUCUAGAUUAUGGUACAGUAUGCUAAAGUCUUUUGUUUAAAAGCAAAUUUUGAUAAAAUGCUGACAUCCAGUGCUCUUAUCUUGAUGCAUCUUCCAUUCCAAGGCAAUACCAAGUGGACUGGUGUGAAGAGAUCAAGGAACAUUAUCAGGCUGUGGGUUUGAAUAGAAAGCCAGUCAUACUUCAUUUUAUGGCUUGGUAUAUUUUAGUUUUAAGAUGAAAUGGAAAAAAAUGACAGAAAUGGUCCCUAUACAUUUAUUUUCAUGAAUAUCCUUAAUUUUAUGGGCAUGCCUAACAAGGAGCUAUGUUCUAACUGGCAGUUAGGGCUUAUUUUAGAUAUUGGAUUGUAGCUUUAUUACAGAUGGAUUUUAUCUUUGAACAUUGUGUUUUGAUCAACUUUGUAUAUUCAUGUGUAUUAAAAUACUGUGCACUAAAUGUUUUGCCCUCCUGUGCUAUUAUAUGGUCAAGGCAUUUAUCAGCACUAUUGUUAUUAACUCAUGUAAAUGGCAUGGGUUAGUGAAAAUUAUUUCCUAUUUUCUGCCUAAUUAAAUUUCUGUUUUCUAGUAUUAAUUUAUUUUGGCUCCCAUUUCUGUAUAACAAAAAUAGUUACUGUAUUUGUGUGGCAUUCACUUGAUUUUGUUGCUAAAAAAAAAAGACUUGUAGUUUUUAUUUAAAAUAAUCUGUACCUUAGUUUUUUAAUGUAACCAAUUCAAGCACUUUAAGCAAUAAUGUCAAUCUUGUGAAAUUUCAGUCUAACACCCUGCCCCUAAAAUUGUUUGCAUAAAAAUAAAAAAUAAAAAAAUAAAUAAGAUAGGAAUUCUCUUUCUAGAGAAUCAUAUCUGGGUACUCUUACACACAUUGACCUAAGAUCCAUUUUAUUGAAGUGAGUCAGGAGGGAGUCUCAUGUCCAGGGAAUCAUUUUAAACAUAAUCUUGAAGCAAUAGAAACACAAAGAAGAUUUUAGUUACUGUGAUAGUAAAGGCAGCGCUACUGUCAAGGUUGAUAAAAUCAAUUUUCUGGAGAUAACACACUACUUUUUUGAGUGAAAAAGAUCAACUCAAUCCAGAAACUUGUAUCUGGGGAAUAGCUCAUUGAGAAAGUCAGUGGAUUGAGGCUAAUGCAACUCACAGUGAAUUCCUUUUCUGGGACUUUACUAAUUAUGAAAGAUUCAGUUCCUAAAAUAAAGUGGCUUCCAGCUCAGGGGUCCUACCAGCACCUGGUUUCUAGGAAGAUAAGGGGAUGCGGUCCUGGCUCUGGGCUUCUUGGCUUGUUUGAGCUGUGGGGAUUCCAGCUUCAGUAAUCCUCAGCUGGCACACAGCACUGCCUCCACAGAACGCAGCAGAUGCCAGUCCCUGCCCUGGAGUCUCAGAAUGAAGCCUGUGGUUAUCCCCAGGAGAACCUUUCUUCCCAACUAGUCACCAGGAAGGAAUCCAUAUAUGGAACAGAAGUUGUCAUCUGAAUCUGUACCUGGGCCCAGCUAAGGAAAUACAGCCCACAGGCCAAAGUGGGGGUACUGUGUUGUAAUGUUGAGUGCCCAUCCUUUGUUGGGGUGUUAUGGUUGAAACUGAGUGGCAACAGGCUGUUGGGAAAGUCACCUGUUGCCAGGAAAAUCAAAGGAAGAGAAGACAUUUUGAGUAGGUUUUACUUUUAUGACCUUGUUUUCUCCUGUCUGUCAAAUGGGGCUUAUAGGAUAGGCCUGUUACUACCGAGCUGCUAUGGUAACAAAACUUCUGAAAAAUGGGAAGUGUUCAUUAUCUUUCUGAGUGUCUCCUCCUUUCAUUGACACUUACAACACCUUUAAUAGGGAACAAAGCCUUCCAUAUUAUUCAUUGCCUUAUAUUUAUAUGAAGAUAAAAAUAUUUGCUAAGUUAUUGCUGUUCCCACUGGAAAAAAAUUUGGUUGUGGGCAUAAUCCUAAAAAUAAACUACUUAGAUUUUUCUAGAGAUACCCUGGGUGGAGAGAUUUUUAAUUAAGCGAUUGUUUUACACCAUUUGAGUGUGAGGCAUUGUGGUAGCAUUUGGGACAUAGAAAAAUGAAGCAGAUAGGGUUCCUCAUUUCUUGGCUCAGAAGAAAUGUCUGUGAGGAACAGAAAUUUAAAAUUUAAGUUGUGUAAUGUGUGAGGACUGUGCUGACAUUUGCCCUGGUUUCACUGUGCAGAUGGCACUUUUACAUAGAGUAGGUCUGUUCCUCUCCUCCGUGGGGCCCCACUUUCCUUCCUGCCUGCUUUUGGCAUUGCCUUUCACCUCCUAGCGGUGACACAAUCUCAAAAACAGUGUGAAUCCAUUAUGUUGUAGCAAUGGCCUUGAAUGUUUCAUCUCUUAAUUGUCAUAAUAAAGGAGAAAGUAUAUUGAGA